AUGUCGGUAAGUGCCAAGCAUCUGUCUACACCUCGCGAAUCCGAGAUCAACCGGUCCCUGCAUUUACAGCUGUUUGACUCUGACCCAAAACAAACGGGCCGCAAAUGCGACGGGUACACAGCACGAACCCCCAGCAGCGUUCUGAUCUCACCGCAAUCCUCCUCCGACGAGGUCGCCGGCCGCCGGUCGCCGCCGGGCCUGGCGGCCAUCAAGGUCUACUCGAUCCCGUUCCGCAUGCCGGGCAGCCAGCGCGACCGGCAGCUCCUCCACUACUUCUGCGUGCAGGGGGCGAACGAGUUCGCGGGGUUCGUGCCCAACGAGUUCUGGUCCAAGACGGCCCUCUACGCGAGCCAGAACGAGACGAUUGUGCGGCAGUCGCUCAUCGCGCUGAGCGCGCUGCACCUCGACCUCUCGGGCAGCGGGUGCAGCAGCCGCUCCGGCUCCGGCUCCGGCCCCGGCCCCGGCCACCCCGUCGGCGACGCGACGCUGCGGCAGUACGGCAAGGCGCUGCGGUCGCUGCAGACGCGCAUCGCGCGGUCGUCGGGAGACGGGACGUGCGCGGGCCGGUUCGAGACGGCCAAGACAGCGCUCAUCUGCUGCGUGCUGUUCUACUGCUUCGAGAGCGCUCUCGGCGACGUGCCGGCGGCGCUGAACCACCUCGACAACGGCCUGCGGCUCAUGAACAAGGUGCUUGCAUUCCGCGACGACGAGGACGACGACGAGGAGAUGCGCAGCAUCCGCGACACGCUCGGCCGGCUCGACAUGCAGGCGACCUUUUUCGACGACGCCCGCGCGCCGGCGCUGGCUCUCGUGUCGCGGCGGGAGCGGGAGCGCGGUCUCAGCGUCGGCUUCGGCCUCGGCUCUGGCUCCGGCGGCGCGGGCCCGGCCACGUCCUUCGCCAGCCUCGCCGACGCGCAGAAGCAGCUCAUCCGCAUGUCCAACUGGCUGCUGCGCUUCCUGCAGGAGAACACAGCCUACCAGGGCCAGCCGGCGUCGUGCAUCCCCGCAUCCGUGCUCGCAGAGAAGCACCGCCUGACGCGCGAAUUCGACCUCUGGCAGCAGAGGCACGGCAUCUUCACCGCGUCCCUCGCGCCGCCGCCGCCGCCGCCGACGGAGCCAGGCGCCGCCGACAGGCGCAGCGCCGACCGCGCGGCCGAGGGGCUCGUUCAGCUGUGUCAGGACGUUCUGCGCCUCGACGGUUCGGGCGAUGCGGCGGCGACUGCGGGCCCUGCGUUGAUGAAGCCGUGGACGCUAUCGUCUGAGACGGGUGUCGUGGUGCCGCUCUUUCUCCUGGCGAUGAAGUGCGCGGACGAGGGCGUGACGGCGAGAGCGGUCGAGCUGCUUGCCGCUUCGAAGAGGAGGGAGGGUCUCUAUGACGCCGGGGCGGUCGCGAGCCUUGUCGGCCAGCUCAAGGGCGCGAUGAGCCAGAGGCGACAGCAGUCGGAGGAACUCGGCCUGGGGAGCAGCCAGGAGGAUGCCUUGGAGCAUUGGGUCGCCGACUUGCUCGACCAGGCGCCCGGAGGGGCCAGUACAAUGGCGGCCAUGUUGGAUUGA